ACGGGCGGGGACGGGAGCGGAGGACGCCGAGGGCUGCGCGCGGCCGGGCGCAGUGGCCCGAGCUCGGGGCCGGCCCACCCGGGGGACCCCGCGGGCCAAGGAGGUGUCAGUCCUCUCUUGUCUUCUAGACCCCGAGGACUGAGGCUCCGGGACGACGAGGAACCGCCCAACAUGGCAUCGGAGAGUGGGAAGCUGUGGGGUGGCCGGUUUGUGGGUGCAGUGGACCCCAUCAUGGAGAAGUUCAACGCGUCUAUCGCCUACGACCGGCACCUGUGGGAGGUGGACGUGCAGGGCAGCAAGGCCUACAGCAGGGGCCUGGAGAAGGCGGGGCUCCUCACCAAGGCCGAGAUGGACCAGAUACUCCAAGGCCUGGACAAGGUGGCUGAAGAGUGGGCCCAGGGCACCUUCAAACUAAACCCCAGCGAUGAGGACAUCCACACAGCCAACGAGAGACGCCUGAAGGAGCUCAUCGGUGAAACUGCAGGGAAGCUGCACACAGGACGCAGUCGGAAUGACCAGGUGGUCACAGACCUCAGGCUGUGGAUGCGGCAGACGUGCUCCACUCUCUCGGCCCUCCUCUGGGAGCUCAUCAGAACCAUGGUGGAUCGGGCAGAGGCGGAACGUGACGUCCUCUUCCCAGGGUACACACACCUGCAGAGGGCACAGCCCAUCCGCUGGAGCCACUGGAUCCUCAGCCAUGCUGUAGCACUGACCCGAGACUCCGAGAGGCUGCUGGAGGUGCAGAAGCGGAUCAACGUCCUGCCCCUGGGGAGCGGGGCCAUUGCGGGCAAUCCUCUGGGUGUGGACCGGGAGCUGCUCCGAGCAGAACUGAACUUUGGGGCCAUCACGCUUAAUAGCAUGGAUGCCACCAGUGAGCGAGACUUUGUGGCCGAGUUCCUGUUCUGGGCUUCGCUGUGCAUGACCCACCUCAGCAGGAUGGCUGAGGACCUCAUCCUCUAUGGCACCAAGGAGUUUGGCUUUGUGCAGCUCUCAGAUGCCUACAGCACCGGAAGCAGCCUGAUGCCCCAGAAGAAAAACCCAGACAGCCUGGAGCUGAUCCGGAGCAAGGCGGGGCGUGUAUUUGGGCGGUGCGCCGGGCUCCUGAUGACCCUGAAGGGACUCCCAAGCACCUACAACAAGGACCUGCAGGAAGACAAGGAAGCUGUGUUUGAAGUGUCAGACACCAUGAGUGCUGUCCUCCAGGUGGCUACUGGCGUCAUCUCUACACUGCAGAUUCACCGUGAGAACAUGGCACAGGCUCUCAGCCCUGACAUGCUGGCCACUGACCUCGCCUACUACCUGGUUCGCAAAGGGAUGCCGUUCCGCCAGGCCCACGAGGCCUCCGGGAAAGCCGUGUUCAUGGCCGAGACCAAGGGGGUCGCCCUCAACCAGUUGUCGCUGCAGGAGCUGCAGACCAUCAGCCCCCUGUUCUCGGGCGACGUGAGCUGCGUGUGGGACUACGGGCACAGCGUGGAGCAGUACGGUGCUCUGGGGGGCACGGCGCGCUCCAGCAUCGACUGGCAGAUCGGCCAGGUGCGAGCGCUGUUGCGGGCACAGCAGGCCUAGACUCCUCCCCACGCCUGCUCUCAAAUAAAGCGGACCUAAGAGGA